AUGUCCAAGAUUCUGUCGGCUUGUGUCGUUGCCGCUGCCUGCGCCUAUGCUUGCUUGCCCGACAAGGCAGAGACGGAACGUCUUCUUGCUAGACGUUACAGUCGAGAAGUUCGCAGUCGUCAUCUAAAGCGUGAUGUCGUCGAGUUUCCCCCUGUUCUGACCGACACCGAGUCCAUCCUCGUCAAUUCGUUUGACAACAGCUCCAUUUCAGACUGGUCACUCUACUACACCUCAGGCUACCGCCUUGCUGGUCACAACAGAUCCCAGGCCGAGUGGACGCAGCAAAAAUGGAUCGACCUCGGCUGGGAGUCUUGGAUUGCCGAGUAUUGGAUCUGGUACACAGAGCCGAUUGAGAGCUCCCUUACGCUGAAUCGCCCUGACGGUUCAUCUCACUCGGCCCAGUUGUUGGAGGAUUCGCUGGAGAUCGACCCCCAAACGUCCAAUCCUAAUGAAAAGCCGGCAUACCACGCCCUCAGUGGUAGCGGAAAUAUCACCGCCGAGUAUGUCUACGUUGGGCGUGGGACUCGAGAUGACUUCAAGCGCCUACUGGAUCUCGGUGUCAUCUUAGAAGGAAAGAUUGCUCUGGCUCAAUAUGGCGGCACCAACCGUGGCGUGAAGAUCAAGAAUGCCGAGGCCAACAGUAUGAUCGGUGCGAUCUUGUACACCGACCCACUGGAAGAUGGCGAGAUGACGGAGGAAAACGGUUAUUUACCAUACCCAGACGGCCCCGCUAGGCACCCAUCUGCCAUUCAGAGAGGUAGCAUGAGAUGGGCGUCCCUUUCAUUUGGCGAUCCAUCGACCAUAGGCUAUGCGUCCACCAAAGAUGCUCCACGAGCAGACAUCAGUGCCUAUGGCCCCAAGAUCCCGUCAAUCCCCAUCAGUCCGAGGGACGGGCUCCAGCUGCUCCACGCUCUAGAUGGGCACGGUAUCUCGGCCGAGGAAGCUAAUCGCACCAACUACAAAGGAGCUUUCUCAAACGUCAGUUAUAGCAGCGGCCCUGCGGCGGGAGCCACACUGGACCUCAUCAACUUUAUGGACGCCAGACUGGAACCAGCGUAUAAUGUCCUGGCUUCCAUCAACGGUACGAGCACCGACGAGUACGUGAUUAUUGGAAACCACCGUGAUGGCUGGACCGCAGGCGGCGCUGCAGACGCUGUUUCUGGUGGUUCUAUCCUCAUUGAGAUGGCCAAGGCCUUUGGAAAGCUUCUCGACCAGGGGUGGAAACCCAGGAGAACCAUUAUCCUGGGCUCGUGGGAUGCCGAAGAGUUUGGCUUGAUGGGCUCAACAGAAUGGGUCGAAGACCAUUUGCCGGAGCUCAUUGGCAAGACGGUUGCGUACAUCAAUGUCGACACUGCUGUUUCUGGGCCCCGAGCAGAAAUCGUGGGAUCUGGAGAGAUUCAAACCAUUGCCAUUGAGAUGAUGAAAAAGGUCAUUUUCCCCGAAGGAUAUGGCGCUGGUCCUACGCUGUACGAUGCGUGGUAUAAUGCUACCGAGGGCGUCAUUGGCCCACUUGGUAGCGGUAGCGACUUUGCUGCAUUUUACCACAACGGCAUCAGCUCUAUUGACAUUUCGGGAGGACCUGGCCCCAAGGACGCCGUCUAUAUGUAUCAUAGCCUUUACGACACUCAUCGCUGGAUGACCGAGUACGCGGACCGAGGAUUUCAUCUCCAUACUGCCAUGGGCCAGUUCGUAACACUUCUCACGUACCACAUUGCCGAUGAUGCAUUGAUCCCCUGGGAUUUACCCAAUGCGGGAUCCGCGCUCCGCGACAUCUUUGUGGAUCUUGAAGAACAGCUUGAGGAAAAGUUCCCCGAGUACAGCGUAGAUCUGAGUCCUCUCGAUGACGCAGUCGCUGCCUUCGAAGCGGCGGCUGAACGCAUUGCCGUCAUCGCAGAAAACGCCCUGACAUUCAACGACACGGCUCUACUGGCGGCAGUCAACUCUGCGUACCGUGACUUCAGCCGCGGGUUUGCAAGCGAGGGCCUGCUACCUGGGAGGUUCUCGUACUACAACGUGGUGAGCGCGCCCGGGCUGGAGAGCGGCUACGGGGCCGAUGUAUUUCCCGCCAUCCAGGACAGUUUGGACCAAGGGAACUUGACACAGGCUGAAGAGUGGGUUGAGAGGAGCGCAAACGCCGUUUUGCGGGCGGCCCAGAUUCUGAAGAUUGGAGAAUAG